AUGAGUAUCGUCGGCAACGACCCUAACGCGCGUGAUCUCCUCGAGAAACAAUCUCUCCUCGAUCUUCUCUCUAACCACCUCGUCCUCCAACACACCGCCCCUUACCUUUCGGCCCGAGAUAGGCUUGCCCUCGGUGCCACUUGCAGGGAUUUUCAUCAACUCGUCAACCUUUCUCAUGGCGUCUUUCGCUACCUCGACUUAACCCGAGUCACCACUGCUCAGUUUGACAUUGCUCCCGUCGACAACGGUGGCGAAGUCUGGCGUAAUGUCCAGGUUGACGAAAAUGUCACUGAAGAUGAGUUCUAUUCCGGUCCUCUUCGAGGCAUCUUUUCUACCCUCGAGCGCCGUCACAUCCUGAGAGAUGUCCAGACCCUCGUGCUAGAUGGUCUGUCCGUGACGGCUGAUCUCUGCCGUGAGAUUAUCUCUGAUUCUAAAUUCAACGUGCGCAUCCUGUCCAUCCGUGGAGUGAAAAACCUCAACGAGCGACUCUUGAGGGGGGCCCUGAAAUAUGCGUGCCGCCCGGACCGCCCAGCCGGCAUGCCGAAACUUCGAGGCCUGUACAUCUUCACGGAGAAGUCGCCCAUCGUCGAGAUCACCGAUGCUACCGCCACUUCCCCAGCAGAGCAACGCGGAGAAACCCCCAGCUCAUGUUGCAAGGAGGCCUGCGUCGACACGGGCGAUCUCUGGUACCAUAAGAAGGGCAAGGUCAUCCAGCAUGCUGUCCCUCAGGAAUGGGCUGAAACGCUCAUCGACUGUCAGGGCGUCAUUGCUUUCGAUGCCCCUCUGUGUACCGGGCCUUGCCACAUGAACUCGCCUGCCUAUGAAAGUAUUGUUCCCGGCGUUGCUCCAGCGGUUCCUCGGUGGUCAGUCGCCACAUUCGCGCUGUCCGGAUGUGCCGGCUGCGGGUCUGCGCCCGAGGGAAUGACGACCUUCGACACGGCCGCUGACAGGACCUCUCUGCCGCUACUUCCCGACGCGCCUUUGCUCUCGUCGUCUCUCACUGCUGCCACUUACCCGACAGCCUCGACCUGCGGAACGACUCCUUCCUUCAUCGCCCGGUGCACCACAUGCCUCAACGACCGCCACUGCCGCACUUGCAACAAGUGGUGGUGUGAGCGGUGCUACACUCCGCCCCUGCCGGGCCUUCACGUCCCAGUCUCGGCCGAUGAGUCUCAGGCUUCUAUCAAAAAGGUUCAACGGAGCUGCUUCGAAUGUGGAUUCAACUGCAAUGAUUGCGUCCGCCGUACUCAGAGACGAUGCACGGCGUGCGGUGGAGGAUACUGCAUCACGCACCAUGAAGGCUCCAGCCCGACUCUUUGCGAUUGGUGUUCCACCCGACGGCGCCAAAUGGCCGCCAACCGGGCGGCCAACCCACAGCGCCCGGUGCCCCAGCAAUUCCCUGCCUGCAAGACCAAGAGCAAACAGGCGUGGCUCAGCUGGAUGCGCAAUCAAAACUCUAUCGUUGAGCGUCGGGCGCGAGAGCGAACCUUUCCUCGCGAGGGACUGAGAUGUCUUGCCGCGAGGAGCUGA